GUGCAAGUGGGCGGGGCGUGUGGAGGAAGUGUCUUCCUGUCGAAGUGAGGCGGCGGUUGUUUUCCAUCAAUUUCUGAAGCUCACCCGGUGGUUGAGAUGUCCCCAGGGUCACGACGCGUGCUGGUCUUCAAGUCAUCUGAGGAGCUGGGAUCUGCUCUAGCCGGCUUCAUAGUGGCCAGGGCCAAUGCCAGCUGCAGCUCGGAGCGAGGACGCUUCACGGUGGGCCUGUCGGGGGGCAGCCUUGUAUCGCUGCUCACCCAGCACCUCCCUGCCCAGCCUGGCCUAGACUGCAGGAAAUGGCUGUUUGGCUUUUGUGAUGAGAGGCUGGUCUCCUUUCAGGACCCCGAGAGCACCUGUGGCCUCUAUAAGAGCCACUUAAUGCCAGCCUUGUGUGUUGCGGACAGUCAGAUCCUGGCCAUCGACCCUUCCCUAAGUGUAGAGGACGCGGCUGAGGACUAUGCACAAAAGCUUCAACAAACAUUCCCUGGCGAGCACAUGCCAGUCUUCGACUUGCUGCUGUUAGGAAUGGGCCCGGAUGGACACACCUGCUCUCUCUUCCCAGGGCAUCCCCUUCUGCAGGAAGAGAAGAGAACUGUGGCCCCCAUCAGUGACUCGCCAAAGCCCCCCCCGCAGCGCAUCACUCUCACCCUACCUGUUGUUAAUGCGGCCAGGUGUGUGGUCUUUGUGUCCACCGGAGAGAGCAAAGCCGCCGUGCUCAAGAAAGUCCUGGAAGGAAAUGAAGAACCUGCCCUCCCGGCCGCCAGGGUGAAUCCUGCCAACGGAGAGCUACUCUGGUUCCUGGAUGAGUCUGCUGCCCAGAGUCUAAGCCUCCCUUUGGAGAAGCCAUCCAGGGGCGCGGCGCUGUAAGGGGACGCUGCCACCACAAGGGCUCAUCUCGGUGACAUGUGUGGACAAUUACAAGUCUGGAUUAGCCAUAGAAGUUGAGCCUCUUCUCGAGGGUUUCCGUGCAAAACACUAAACUCGCGUCCUUCAAAAUGUCCGUGCACAGCAGCUUAGUGCCCAUCUUUGAUGCCCGUCCAUAGCCCUGGCAGCCCUGUAGCCACACUAUUGAAAGGUCAAGCUGAAGGUGAGCCACUUACAGAACCAAGAAGAGCCCCGAGUCACUUGGGGCAUUUGAGGUGGCAGGCCUGCUCUUCACUUUGUGAUGUCUAUUGGGCUGCUCAGUAACCGCAGUUCUUAGGUGGCAUAGACGGGCAGUUUAAAGGUCAUAUGGGCGACUCCACCCAGUGGCGAGAUGUCCUCUCGGCUCCAUAAAGCAAUCUUUUGUCUCCAAGUCUCACUGAGAAGAAGCGUGUUGGCAGCACUGGCCUGAGUAGUUCAGCGCUGCCAUCGUCUGCGUUUGGGCACAGGCUGGCACGACAUGCCAAGUGGUGGGCUGCCCUUUGUGUGACUCUGUACUGUCAUCUUCCAAAAUUUAAUUCUGUGGUUCAAGGUCGAUGAGCUCAGGUGGGUUAAUGUGGCAUGUAAUGAACUGGUAAAGCCCCCUCAGUGGUUGAGACCCUCAGCGAGUAAUGGGGCCUUCGGCUUCUGUUGUUAAUCUUCUGACUCAGCGUAACGUUCUGAUGACGAUGUGCGGGUGUUUGUGUGUCGUGUAAGGUUGGCACUCUGUCAAAUAAAGCCUGACCUGUGCUGUGCGCCAA